GUGCAAGUGUUUGAGCCGUUAAUAUAGAUUAUCGGAAAAUGAAGGAACUAUUAGCAAUUCAGUUUUUGAUAUGUCUGGCGCUGGCAUUUAAUGGGAAUUAUCCGGAAAAUUGCUUUCCUGUGUUACACUUUUCAAGAACGCAGUUUUAUUUCAACGACGUCGCCUGCGAACACAUAUCAGUUGUAAAUGGAACCACAUUAAACAUACGCUUGAAGAACAACCAUCUAACAAAGACAAUUUCGUUUACAAACAGCUUUAUUCCAAUUUUACCCGCCGAUUAUUUCCGAUUCUUUCCAUUCUUGGAAAGAUUGUUUUUACUCGGAAACAAUAUAGAAACUGUUGAACGUGAUGCGUUUAAUCACCUUAACCACCUUCAGCAUCUUUCACUUUACAAUAAUAGUAUCAAAGAAAUUUUUGGACUCACCUUUCGUAAAUUAUCAAAUGUAAAGAUACUAAGUUUUUCAAAAAAUAGACUGGAGGAAUUGCACCGGGAUUCUUUGUAUGGCCUAGUCUCUGUACAACAUUUAAAUUUAUCACACAACUCAUUUCGUAAAUUAAAUUCAAAUACGUUUGAUAAUGUGCCGUCACUUAAAUUGUUGGACAUAUCGCACAACAUCUUGCACAGCAUUACUUCUGAGAUUAAUUUAAAAAGGGCAGCCGAUCGUUUUGAGUCAUACGAUCAAGUACCUAACAACGUUUUUAAAAGUCUACCCAAAUUAGAAAAACUAAAUUUAAGCUUCAACAAUCUGAGUGAUAUUCCCAUUGGAUGUUUUGGCGGGCUUAAUGUUUUAUCAGAACUCAGGUUAUCCAAUAAUGUCUUAACGGAUGUAGACUUUGGCACAUUUUCGGGACUCGGUAACAUAGCUACUUUGUACUUAGAUAACAAUAAAUUAAUUUCUCUACCGGAAGAAUCAUUUUACGUACUUAAAAAUUUACACUUUUUAUAUAUUCAUAAUAAUCUGAUAGAUAACUUAGACGUAAAAGUAUUGCUGAAGCAAACUCCCAACUUAACUCACAUUUCUCUUGGUGUAAACGAAUGGAAUUGUGACAAUUUAUUUAAUAUUUUGAGGCUAUUAACGCAUUUCCACGUCCAUUUUGCAAAUGGUACGAGUUACGAUGUCGAAAAUGUAAAUGGGAUCGCUUGUACAAGUCGAGAAAAUUUGGAACAAAUCCGUGCAUCUGGUAAUUUUGAAGAUCCCUAUUCCACUUUUGUCUACAAAUUUGCACAAUUCUUCGACAGAGACUUUAAAAACACGCCUUUUUACAAUUUUUUACAAGAAAUCUUAUCCAUACCUUCGGCAGUUAUAAAUUCUUUAAAAAACCUUACUAAGUACAUAAAAGAACGGCGUGAGUUAGUUGAUGAACUCAACAGACUUAUCGGAAAGAAGGAGAACGUUUCUUUCUCUGAUGAGUAUUAUGACCAUGAAGACUAUGAAAAUGAAGAAUAAGACAGGAUAGCGACUGGGUUGAAUAAGACUAUACCAUAGAUGUAAUUGAUCCUCAAUGUUCCCGUGUUAUCUGUGUUCAUGUCAUGCUAUAGUUGCAAUCUUAGAAUAAUCGAUAUGUUUGUGAGUUUGAUUAAUAGGCAUUACAUACUUACCACUGUCGAAAUUGUUUAGUAAACAUUGCUUGAUUUAUGUUAUAUACAUUAUAUUUACUACGUUUUAUCCAGCUAAUUACUGACAUUGUAAGCCACUGGCAAGCAACAAAAUGUUAAAGCAAUAGAAAUAUUUGUUUGAGCAAACUUAAUUCUUAUUCGUGGAGAAAAAAAGUAUCGCUACUUUUAAACUAAAGUGUUAAAUGAAUUAGAAAAACUUAGAAGACAAGACGGUAACACCAUAAUAUUUGGUUUUGGCCAUCUGGGACAUGUUAUUUUCUACUUUCUUCAAUAACAUUGAGAGAGAAUAUGUUUAGCCGUGUCAACCUG